AUGGCUCUAGCUUUUGGUAUUUUUGCAAUGACUCUUUUCAGUUGCUAUGAUUUUUCAGGCGAGAAAGGUAAGGGCAAGAAGAGAGUAGGAAAUGUAAGAGGAAAGAAAGUAAAGGUAGAAAAUAUCAAUGAAAAGGACGAUAAUAAAGUAGACGAGGAAUGUAUAAGGGUAAAGGGUGUUAAAAGGAAAAAGGAGGAUACAGACGAGUCACAUAAUGCAAAAAAAGUGAGGUUAAAGAAGGAUGAUCUAUCUGUUGUUGUAAAAAAGUCCAAGGAAGAUGUAUCUCUCGAAGGGCAAAGAAAGAAUAAAGAAAUAGAUAUAGGAAAUUUUCCUAACGAAUGUGUGGAAUGGACCGACGUCGACUACAUUUCCGAAGUGGAAAAUAUCGAUAAACAAGUAGCAGAAAAUAUAGUGAAACUUUUCAAAGAUGAUAAUACUAUACCUUUUAUCGCAAGGUAUAGGAAAAACAUGACAGGCGGCAUGGAACCGGAUCAAUUGAGAUCGGUGAAAGAGUCCUUCGAUCGUGUAAAUGUAAUAAAACAUCGCGCUGCCGUUAUUAUUAAAGCUAUCGAUAAGUUAGGAAAGUGGACGCCACAGAUACAUUCUGCCAUAAUGUCUACCAAAUCCGGGGACGAUUUGGAGCAUAUUUAUUCAAUGUUUAAAGUAACGUCGAAGCAAUCUUUGGCGGAGAGGGCCAAGUCGUUGGGCUUAGGUCCGAUAAGUAAUGCGGUAAUAGAGGGAAAAGAAAUUCCUCCUCUAUCGUCGCUGAUCGAUCGAGAAAAGAAAGAGCUGCAAACCGAGCAACAAGUAAGGGAAGGAAUUGUACACAUUAUAGCGGAUAUAAUAAGUAAAAAUAAAGGUACGUUUGACGAAGUGAAAAUCCUUGAAAGAGCAUCUAUUAUAGAGAUUCAAACGGCGCGAUCAAAGGCAAAUGAUACGUCCAAGAACGGGAAGAGGGAUGUAGAUCGAGAAAAGUAUGAAAUAUAUUUCAAUUUCAAAAGUAACACAAGAAUUAUUAAACCGCAUCAAAUUUUAGCUAUUAAUAGGGCAGAGGCGCAGAAAGUACUCGGUGUAAAAAUCGUUAUACCCGAUUCAUUGAUAGAUGGAUUUAAAAAUUAUUGUUUGAACUCGUUGUUCAGAUUCGGAGCUAGGCCGUCGUCGGCCAUACACUUGGCACUAUUGGAAGAUAGCAUCGAUUAUGCUUACAAAAAGUUUAUCAAACCGUUGAUAGUUCGAAGAGUACGAAGCGAGUUAAAGGAGAAAGCUGAGAAUGCAUCGAUAAAGGUAUUCUCUAUCAAUGUCAAACAGUUGCUAUUGACACCUCCUGUACGUGGAAAGAUAGUGCUGGGUAUAGAUCCAGGCUUUUCUCAUGGAUGUAAAUUAGCAGUGGUGUCGGAGCAAGGUAACGUUUUAGAAACUGCCGUAAUAUAUCCUCAUAGAAGGACAGAAGGAGGUUCAGAAAAAUCGAUUAAAAUUUUGACCGAUUUGGUGAGGAAAUAUAAAAGUACUGUCGUAGCGCUCGGCAACGGUACGGCAUGCAGAGAAACAGAAGUGUUCCUUUCAAAUUUAAUCAAAUCUAAUGCCUUCGAUCCAUUCGACGUUUCUUAUACUAUAGUCGACGAAGCUGGAGCUUCCGUAUACAGCUGUAGUUCGGAGGCGAAACUUGAGUUUGCCAGCCUUGAUCCAAAUAUAAUCUCUGCGAUCUCAAUCGCAAGGCGUAUACAAGAUCCUCUUGCCGAAUUGGUCAAGAUAGAACCGAAGCAUCUAGGUGUAGGGAUGUAUCAACACGAUUUGCCCGAAAAACAAUUGAUACAGUCAUUGAACGAAGUUGUCACAGAGGCUGUAAGUUUUGUCGGCGUCGAUGUCAACACAGCUUCCCAUUCUCUUCUUAGAAAAGUCGCCGGUUUGAAUGUAUCUAGAGCGACUAGCAUCAUAGAGUGGAGGAAUAAGCAUGGUCCAUUUUUGAACAGACGACAAAUUUUAAACGUAAAAGGCAUCGGUAGCAAAACUUUCGAACAGUGUGCCGGAUUUAUAAGGAUUCUACCAGAGACAGUAACAGUUACCGGGAGUAAAGUAAAGAAAUCCAAAGAUCCAGAUAAUUCUUUAAAUUUUUUGGAUCAGACGUGGAUUCAUCCGGAGUCAUAUGCUAUAGCGAAUGAAUUUUUAAAAUCGUCUGGAUGUAAUGUAGAGGAAAUAGGCAGUUUGUCUUUCAUAGAAAAAAUAAAAUCAUACGUCAAAGACGGUGGUUCGAAUUUUCGUAAGAAAUUUCAGACGGACGAAGCCACGUUAGAAGUCAUAAUAAAGGGCUUAACUAUGAAGAAAGACGAAGACAUAAGAAUGAAAUCGCACUGUCCUUUGUUUCGUGCUUCUUUGCGAAAUAUCGACGACUUGACUGAGGGUACUUUGUUAAGCGGGGCUGUUAGAAAUGUCACGCAUUUUGGCGUAUUCGUAGACGUCGGGGUAGGAAAAAAUGGUCUUAUGCCCACCAAGUGUUGCAAGGGUCAAACUCUUUGCAUAGGUCAACGCGUGGAAGUAAAAGUUGUCAGCAUCGAACACAAACGUAAUAGAUUCAUCUUGGAACUCAUCAAGGCCUUGUAAAGUAAUAUAGAAGGGCCUUCUUUGUCGACCGUGCGAGAUGUCAAAUACAAUCGAAAUACUUUUUUUUUUUCUUUCUUUUUUUUCUUUUUUUUUUUUUCUUCAAUCACACAUACAAUCCCCCCCCCCCCCACCAUAAUAUUACGUUUUGUACGGAUUGUGAGCGAAAUAAAUUCAUCCAUUGAAAACA